AUGAAAUCAAAUAACAACAAAAAACCAUUAAAAGUAGAGAAAUCUUUAAAAAAAACUCAUAUUUCUGCAUGUGGUGUUACAACAUUAAAAGGUACAAGAUGUAUAAAGGAAAAAUUGUUUGGUUUAAAUACAUGUGCAACUCAUGAUCCAAGUUGUUUUUGUGGAAAAGAAAAUUUUAAAGGUGAGUUAUGUAAAGCAAGAAAAGGAAAAUGUAAAACCCAUGAUAACUAUGUUUCAGAAAAAAAAUCAGACAUUGUUUGUUUAGGAUCUUAUUCGAAUGGUGAAGAAUGUAUUAAUAAAGCUUUGAGGGGUUCUUAUUAUUGUGGUAUUCAUAAUAAAGAGGAGUUAGGUUUGAUUUGUGGAAGUACUCAUACUGCUUCAAAAAAAGGAUGUAAAUCAAAAGUUGUCCCAGGUGAAACAAGAUGCAGAGUCCAUUUGCAAUAUCAUUUAGAUGAAAAAAAAGGAAAAGAAAAAGAAACUAAAGAAAAGCAUUGUUUUGAGUCUUCUAAUGAUGAAUUUAGUGAUUAG